AUGAUCCAUCGCCAGGCACUGCUUGUGAAACGUUUGCAACCUGCACUGGAAGCCGUCAUGCAUGAUGUUAUCAACGUUGUCAAUGUCGUCAAAGGACAUGCACUAAACACGCGACUAUUUCGUGAAUUAUGUACAGAUGGGGAGGCUGAAUAUACAGACCUACUUUAUCAUACAGAAGUGAGGUGGCUGUCACGUGGAAAUGUUCUGAACCGAGUGUGGGUUCUCAAAACUGAACUUGAAAUUUUUAUGGUUGAUCAAAAGCAUGUUCUCGCAGAUAAGUUUACAAACUCCUCGUGGGUUGCACAUCUCGCAUAUUUAGCUGACAUUUUUGAGUAUGUGAAUGCAUUGAACAAAGAAUUGCAAGGAAAAAACAUCAAUAUAAUUUCAGCCAGAGAAAAGAUUUCAGCGUUUGAAUCAAAGCUUUUAUAUUGGAGACAGAAAGCAGAACAAAACAAGAUUGCUGCCUUUCCAAGGUUGGCUUUGUUUUUGGAAGAUUGUGAAAAUAUUACUUUUGACGACAUCAAGGACACAGUUAUAAGGCAUCUUACCAAACUCAAAAAGCGGUUCGAUGAUUACUUUCCAGAUCUUGAUUCACAUAAUGUCAGUUGGGUUGUAGAUCCCUUUAAAUGUGAAAUUGCUGAUGUACCAGAAGAGCCUCAAGGUUUGGCAGGGGCACUUCUUGAACUUCGAUCCAAUAAUGAAGCACGUAUUGAAUUUGAAAACAAAGCAGAUCUGUCAUAUUUUUGGAUGUCAAGAGCUGCAAAUGCUUUCAAAAUUGCACAUGAGGACGCAGUCAAAAAGUUGCUGCCCUUUGCAAAAAGGAUUUUCCACUCUACUGAACAUAAAAACAAAGCAGAGAAAUCGAUUGGACCCCGAAGACAGUAUGCAAAUUGCUCUGACAUCAAAAUGUCCCAAUUUUGGUGUUAUUGUAUCAAAAAUGAAACAACAUAA